GCAGGGGCGGAUCUAGGGUUAGGCAGCCUAGGCAAUUGCCUAAGCCUAAGCUUGGGCAAAAAAAAGGAAAAUAUGCCAUAUAGCAUAACUUGUGAAAGUAAUAAAUAUUUUUGUAAAUUUGUCUUGUAGUGCUAACUUUGCUUCGCCAACCUGGAUGCGCGUUGUUAGGAACUGUUUUUUUUUAAAAAUUCAAUAAGAAGUAAACCCGGGGCGAUUUUAGGCAAGAUACCGAUUCGCCUAAAACGUCCGUGGGUUUCCAAGUUUUAAAUGAAUGAAAAUCACGGGUGGAAGAAAAAACGCCUAAAACGUCCGUGGGUUUUCAACUUCAAAUGAAUGGAAUUCUUAAAUCGGAAGAAAAACGCCUAAAACGUCCGUGGGUCUUCAACUUCAAAUGAAUAGAAUUCUAAAACCGAGAAGAAAAACGCCUAAAACGACCGCGGGUAAGUUUUACAUAAAUCUCUGUGCGGCCAAGGGUGUGUCCUUCUUUUUCAACAUGGAUUCCCUUGAUCAGGAGUACACUGUUGAAGAAGCUUUCAAGUCAAAUGAUUUGAAUAAAUUGAAUGAGUUGUAUGCAAAAUUGAAAAAAGAAAUUCUGGAUUCAGCUACCUUUUCGGAUAAUGAGAGGAUUAAUAAUGUUGGAAAGAAGUAUUUUCGCGAUCUAGUUGCUGAAACCUUUAUUCCAACCUUUGCUAAAGACAAAUUUAUUGCUUUGAAGUCACAAGCCUCAGGUAACUGUUUAUACAGCUCUGUAUCUUUGUUUUUGUGUGGAGAUAACUCUCUUGUUCGAAAACUAAGAACUUUGACAUCGUUAGAACUGUAUUUAAAUAGUGGCUUUUAUAUAAAGCAUCCCACUAUAAUUUCGGCAUAUGAGAAAAGCAAAGGAGUUUAUUUUAACAAUUUCAGAAACAUUUUAGGUGGUCUCUUAGUUUCACAUGCUGCUUUAGAUUCAGGUAAAACUGCUGAUGCUUUAAUCAAAGUAGAGGCAAUGCAUAAUAUAAAAAACUUUGAGUGGUGUAGUUUUGUUUGUGUUCUUGCACUGUCCUCAGCAAUUUCGAGGAACAUCAUUACACUAUAUCCAGACUGUGGUCACGCAAAAUUGAAACUUCUUUACAGUCAAAAUAUUGAACCUAGAGAUUCUGCAGUUUCUUCUACAAGUCUUCACAUUUUACUUUGUUAUUGUGGUACUUUACCGACACAAAUUGAAUUUAAACAUAAUCAUUUUGUGCCUCUAUUAUGUGGUGUACAUCCAAAAAGAAAAAUCAAGCAACCAUUGCCAAAACCUGUGAUUAAAAAAAAUAAGCAGUCAAAAUUGCCUUUCUGGGUAAAUAGACAUGGCAUGAAUGACCUAGGUAUUGCUUCUGACAGACCUACAGUAACAUUUCCUGCUGUCAAUAUGUCAACCAAAACAAAAAAUAUUCCAAUGUCAUCAAGUUCUACUGUUAAAUCAGUGACUAGUAUUAGUCCUGUAACUAAGCAAUCCUCUGGAGGUGCAAUAAGUUCUAUUAUUUCUGUGUCAACCGAAAUAACCUUAGCCAACGAUAUAGCUUCGUAUAUGAAUAAAGUUCAAAACAUGGAAUAUUCAGAAAUAAUUAAAUUAAUAAACGAAGUUUUCAUCCCUGAUAAUAACUAUAAAUUUCCUGUUAAAGAUGGUCGUUCCUUUAAAUUUGAUUGGUUAAAACAAUACACCUGGCUUUGUUAUUCACCUGCUUAUGAUGGUGGUUACUGUUUGCCAUGUGUUCUUUUUGGAAAUAAGUUUCCUAAUUUGUUAAAAAACAUAAGAAAUCUGGUAACACAGCCUGUUAAUGCAAAACGUUGUGCUACAACGUUGUUCAAAAACCAUGAAAAAACAUCUAGCUCUGUAAAAAGUCUUCACCAGGCAACAUUUUCACUGUUUACAACAUAUUUGAGCCAGCAUUCUGGUAAAAGCAAACCAAUUUCUGAACUUGUUGAUCAGCAAAUAAGUAAACAGAUUUCUGAAAAUAAAGCCAAACUUGAGCCAAUCAUCGAUACAAUUUUGUUGUGUGGAAGACUAAAUAUCCCUUUAAGAGGUCAUAGAGAUGAUAGCAGUUAUCAUCCUGAAGUAGGCAGUUACUCAUCUGGGGGAGUAGGUAAUUUCAUAGAAAUUUUAAAUUAUAGAGCUCGUGCAAACAUUUCCUCCACAUUGAAAUCUGUCAAUUUUACUGGGUUUGAAAAUGUAAAAGUGGCCUUGAGAAUUUUAGCCACUUUACCUGUGACUUCUUGCGAGUGUGAAAGGACAUUUUCAGCCAUGAAGAGGUUAAAAACAUUUACUCGCACAACCAUGGACUCAGAUAGACUAAAUGGCUUAGCCUUAAUGCAUGUACAUCAAAACAUCAUUCCUAAUAUUUCUGAUGUUAUUGAGAAAUUUUCAUUGAAAAAUAGACGAUUAAACUUUAAGUGAAUUACAUUAUUACCUUCUUCAUAAAACCUUACUUCAAGUUAUUGUAGAACACUUCUUUUAUUAUAUAUACAUAUGUACCUCUUAUUUUACCAUACCUAUUCUUUUGCCUAAAUUAUACUUAUAUUAGUAUAUGCCUUAUCAUUGCCUAAAUUAUACUUACAUUUUUAUGUACUUACCUUACCUAUUUUUGACAAAAAUGUUUUCUGUAACUUUAAUUCUCGAGUUGCCUUUGUGGCCUCUCCUGGAAGCAAUUGACUGUAACAAAGCACCUCCAGAGUAAGGUCCAAAUUUCACAAUCAAUUUACGUAAUUACUUAUGUUUU